CGGCUGCUUCAUAAGAUUCAAAAUUAUUCCGAAGUUAUCAUAGUCUAAGCAGUCUAAGUUACCAAAAUUAAUGUUCAAAGAAAUUUCAGUGUUGUUUAGCUCACCCGUUUAACACAGGGGUUUUUUGCUGGGAUUUUUAUGAAAAACAACCACUCUAAUAUGUCAACAAUAAAAGAACUUUUAGGACAAGGUGAUAUCCCGAAACCGAGAAAGAACUUUAUACAGGAAAAUGUUAAGAGGCUGAAAGAAUUGAAAUUGGAGAAAACAAACAAGCUGAGCUCCCAGAGGAGCAGUACUCUUCAGCCGUUGACAGAGAGGAGGAACGCCCAGACGAUGGUGAGCAGUUCUCGUCUAUCACAGAGACAUUCUGUCAGUCAGUCGCCACCUCGGGGCAGUCGUCGUAACAGACAUGUCACUCUAGACACACGGCCAGCAAUCCAGGAGGAGCCACAGAGCACCAAGGGAUACCGGAGUCAAGGAUGUCAGACGCUGAACAGCAAGCAGCUGGAGAACUUGUAUGAGGAAGGAGUUGUCUGCUACCCCAGUGUGAGGGGGGAGGAGGAGGAGGGGAGUGAUACAGAGAGGGUAGAGUCAGUAGAGGUGCUUCACCCUCCCCCACCUCUGGAGGACGGCCUGCACUGGGACGAGGAGAAGAAGAAUGGAGAUAAAGAUUUUGUCAAGAUAAACGCCACAGUUCUAGACCCACGUAGACACAAACUCUUGGACUCCUCAUCAUCGAAUACCGACCCAACAAGGGCCCCUGCCACCUACCAGCGCGGUGUCGUGCCCAAGUAUAUACGAGAACACAAGAAGGAGAUGGAGAAAGAAAGGAUAAACAAGGCUAAGGAGGACGAAUGUCCGGAGGGUCACAUACAACUGCCAGACGACAUCAAGCAGAAACAUCUCUCUACUCUGCGACAGAAUUACGCAGACCUGGUGUCUCAGCUGAACCAGUUGCCAGUCAGUACAGACACUCUGCGUACGCGGACACGCAAGAAGCAGAUAGAGACAGACCUCGACCGUAUUGAGGCUGCCAUUGCUCUGUUCUCUCGGGAGAAGGUGUUUGUCAAAGCAGACUCCUGACCCUUGCACAACUUGGUGUUCGAUCCUGUCUAGUGCCUUAGUGUUUAGUAUUUGUCUUGUAAAUUACCACUUAUUUUAUCACAUCGUUUACAAUUAAUUGUUGACUUGAACAACUUAGUUGUUUUACACCACUGUUAAUAGUGCAAUAAA